GCACGAGAUGCUUUGUAAGCUAGCUGGCUAGCUAUCCCGCCAAGAAGUACACACUAUAACGCUAUAACUAGCUGGCUCGGAUAGAUAGGAAGACCAGUCGUUAUAAUAAGGGUAACAUUACAAUACAGCAAUGCAAAGAGAUAUACAACAGGUCAGUUGUAUGGCUCCCUGGCCAUACAGGCUAAAUAAAAAUAUAUUCUGAAACAGAAUAUUGUCAUCAGGUUUCUGAUGACUGAGGUCAGACGGGCACGGAGGCAGGGGUCUGGGAAUAUGGAAGGCGGGCUUUUAGUCGCUGUGUCAGCAGAGGAUGGCGUGUCUUCCACCGGCAAGUUCAACUGCACAGUUGCAGCAGCAGGUCGGUGGUGCAUUGCGGUCAGCGUGGAAGAGAUUAAGCACGAGGUGGUGAAGAGGCUGCCCUCCUCUAUGGCCCUCAGCUCACCCGUCCACCCAGAGGAGCUCAGUAUCUUCUCAGAGACCUGCGGUCCCCUGCGCUUCCUCUUCUCUGUCCAGGUGGGUGAGGGGAGGCAGGCAGUGAACUCAGACUUCUUAAAGACAGAGCAGUUUUUACACAGACUCAGUUUGGUUUAUGGACAGGUGGAAAUUCACUUCAUAUUGAAGGUUAACGAAACCGUGUCCAGGCAGGUCUUCAGUGGCAGGGCAGACAGCAAAUUUGUCCUAGAGAGUCGGCAUAUACUGACAAAGACUGACCUCUAUAUACGAUGCCCCCUCUCGGCGGGACCGGGCCUGCAGUGCGGCCGGCUGCACCCGGUGCCGGGCGGGGCAGUGCCCCUGCUGCUGCCCCCCGAGGUGGCCGAAACAGGCCUGUGCGGGGAGACCAGUCUGCUCCCGCUGGCUGCGCUGGGCCCGUGUGUGGAGCAGUACCCCUACAGGCCAGCCUGCGUCACACAGAUACGCAUUCUCCUGUACGGCCCCUCCAACGUUCCCCUGCUGUGGGACGGGGACGGGGGUCCCUCUGGAUUCCUGGGCCGCCUGGGAGGCUUGCUGUCCUGGGGGGAGUUGGGCCUGUCUGGGGUGAGCCGUGCGGAGCGGCCCUUCACUGAAGCAGGUGCUUUGCAUGCGGAGGUGGUUUACACUGUGGACAGUGAACAGAGCCCCACCACAGAGCAGACUCUCAUUCUGUUCCUCUUCAUCCAGCACAGCGACCCCUUCCACUCCCAGCUCUCUGAUCACAUAGCCAGUGAGGAGGUCCUGGAGCAGCACCUGGAUCAAAUCCUUCUGCACAACGAGGACCGUGUGCGGUCAGCCCUGCACUCUGUCCUGGAGUCUGCUCUCAGGACCACUCUGAAGAGACUGAAGGCCCGGGCGAAGAUAAUGUCCGCUCUGCCAGUCAUUCUGAGCUCACUGUCCACUGUGGUAACCAGCAGCAGCAGCCUGGAGUUCAGGACCGCCUGUCUGGACAGAAUGAAGGUGCAGGACACACAUGAGCUCGCCAUCCGUCUGCGCCAGUCUCUGCAGAAAGUCACAGAGGGUCGGGUCCUGCACAGCCGCAAGUGUGACAGCGGCAAGUGCCUAUCGGCUGCCUCGGGGGUUGAGGAUGUGUCUGGACACAGGGAGGCUGAGACCAGGGGGACGGGUGAGCAGGAGUGGGCAUGUGCAGAGCACUCUCAUCAUGAUGAGGGAGCAGAGGCGGCUCCUGUGGGGUCGCAGGGAUCGGCGGGCCAGGGAUCGGGAGCAGAAAAGAGGCAGUGCACCGAGGAGCCGGACUCAAACCCGCCGCCCCUGAAGCAGCGAGGCACGAGGGGGGCGAGCGGAGACCUGCGGCCGUCUGAGAGUCUGCACAGCCCCCCUGCUCACGCCGCGCCCCCCCAGGACAAGGGGGACCAGCAGGAGGACAUGCUAUGGCUGCAGGAGGUCUCCAAUAUGUCCGAUUGGGAAGAGGAAUGUUGAGCCCCAUUCAGAUGUGGGCGACGGUGCUAGCGCAGUGUAGCAGCAUUAGCGGUCUCUGAUGGAUGAGGACUGAUUCACUGCUCUGUCCACAUUGACACACUGCAGUGACCUGACAGGGCCCUACAUACUUCCUGCAGAGCGUGUGUCUGAAUGGAUCUCUCCUGGGGAAUGUUACUGUUUAGAUUUACUUACCACCAAUUAAUAGCUAUACAUCUCCUAUGAGCUGUUUAUAAUGGUGUUUCAGUUUGCAUAUUUUAGUUCUUAUUCUGGAAAACGGUUUCCAUGGUUGCGCCAACUUAAUUUGAGCCGCGGCUAAUAAACUGUAAUCACAUGAGUGAAUGCCCUGAAUGCUAAACAGUGUAUUCCGUCUAUGUUAAUUUGUGUGUUCUGGCUAUUGCACAGUUUUGUAAACGAGUAACAAACAGAAAAAAGGUGCAGUCGAUGAAUAUGUGAAGAACCAAAAUGAAAGGAUAUAGGAAAAUACCAAUGACAAAAUUCCUGUCCCUAAAAUAUGAUUGUAGAUACAAUGUCUUUUUUUUGCAUUUAGAGACAUCUGGCCAGUCACACCAUUUAUCAUUUCACUCCAUUUAUUAAAAAAAAAAAUACACAGCAAUUGAGAAAAAUGUAGCAACUUUUAAUAUAUUACUAUUUCUAUCUUAUUUUCCUGUAUUUUAGAGUUUUCUUUUUAUAUUUAUUCCUGUUCAUAUGAUCUGUUUCCAGUAUCUUCAGGAUGCAUUUACAGACCAAGGAAUGUUUUCUUUGGAUGCUGAACUGGCUUUUAAAAUUAUUAUUAUUAUUUUUAGUAAAAUAGGUACAACCACAAACUCCACGGUUUGCUUUUCUCAAAAUUGUGGUACAGUAUUUUAUGGAGGGGUGACUCCACACGUGUAAUAUGUUCGUUGAAAUGAAAUGUACUCAACGGAGGUUUUGAAAGGACAGGACCUUAUCCG